GCGACUGUUAAUGUGAGCAAAAAUGUUAUGCUCCUGUUAAUGUGACCAAAUUGGACGGGGGCAUAGAUUAAUUCUGUAAAUUAAUGUUUUUAUUUGUAAAAUGGCAACAAAAUUAAAUGUGAACAUACGCACCUUGCUGAUUAACUGCGAGGAGCUGGCCAAAAGCAAGGACAACUACUGGCGGCUACAGAAGUUUCUCAAAUCGCUGGACACAAUGAUUGCUGAGCUGGCGGCGAUGGAUGAUGCACAGAGCGCUACCCGUAUACCCGGCUACAGAGAGCGUCUUGAAGCUUUGAUGCUGACAACGGGCUACACCCCUAAAGUUGGUACAGGAGCUACUGGAGAGAUUGCGUUGCAAGAGAUGCGUCAGCUGCAGAAUACAAGUAAACACAAUGCGCUGCGACAGGAAUUACUACAGGAUGGGGAUACGCUACGGCGGCGACGAGGCGCCGACGAAUCAGCCACUGGUGUGGAUGAGAACGCCACAAAUGGCGACAACAUGAACGAGGCUGUCAAGUAUUACAAUAAUGCGCAGGAGAAGAUCACCGAGCAUAUGCUCUCCCUAACACGCAACCUAAAGGAGCAAACCGAGACAGCUAACCGCAUCCUAAAGCGCGACACGGAGAUAGUUUCACGCUCCACGGGAAUGGCGGAUAAGAAUAUCAAUUCGCUGGGCAAGGAGGCAGAGAAGCUGGAGCAGCACUCAAAAAAGGCUUACAAAUGCUGGCUCUGGCUUAUGUUUGUCUUUGUGAUUGUUGUUUUCAUAGGCAUGGUGCUGUUCAUGAAGAUAAUGAAAAAGAAAAAGACGUAAGCUUGUGUGGCGUUAUCAAGGUUCAAUAGGUUAUCCUCAGCCCCCUAAG